GACCCUAACGUGACUUAGUCCCAGCCGUCGGUAUCGCACGCAAUCUUUGCGUUGUUGUUUUUUUUUGCUCUCAUCUUCUUGAUCUUCCUUUCUUCCUUCUCGCGCAUAUUCCUUCGCGCGAGGGAUGGAACGUUGUUUUGCGUCCUUUUUGGAAACAUUGAAAGAUGGUUCCCCCCUUCAAACUCCCCGAUAUGGCAGGUGCUUCGCAACCGCUUCGUCCUUACAGCUCUUCCCAAGUCCCCAUAGGCAGCAGCAGCUACAACAAAUCGGGAACCCUGGAACCGCUCUUUGGUCUUGUAGGGAUUCCGAGUCAGGACCCUUGCCCGCUCAAUGCGGCGCGACUUUCAAUUCCUCAGUGGUGUGGUCCGUGUGGUGCGAACUUGCGAAGAAAGAGGGCCCGCGGAACGGGAUGUGCAUUCUCGCGGGUUCAUGGUCAACCACCACCACCGAGUUAUCGAAACUACCGGGACUUCUAUCGUCUUCCCCCGUCCGCAAGAGGGAUUGGGAGGGGGAGGGGAUCAUGGAUGGAGCAAGGGGAGCGGCGGCGGCCCUUGCUAAUGCUUGGCCCCAUGCGUUCCUCUCUUACGGAUCUCGGACGGUGCCUGCCAAUCACCGCCCUCGGGGCUCAGCUCCGGCGACCAGCUAUUACGCGGCUGGGCGAUGGGAUCAAACGGGAGGCCUGCCUGGCGUGAGAGAAAGGGAAAGCACGAACGUACGGCUGAGAACCUGGGACGGCUUUUCCCCGGGUCCGCCAAGUUUGUGUCCCUUGCGGCAGAGAAGGGGUGAACUGCUCCAAGAUCUCCCUCUCCCCCGGCUCGUUGGAGUCGUUGGGUCUACUUGGCAUGAACACCAAAGGACCGUCACUCAUUACCCCAUGUUUGUUGCUCUGCUGCCACUGCCGUUGCCCCAGGACUUGUCUUGCCCUUUCGGGUUCCCUUCUCCAUCCCAAAGUUCCAGACAUCUCUUGCUCUCUCUCCAAUGGCUCCAACAGCCGGACCGGGAAACGUAACCGUCCGGCAGAUAUUGAUCACAUAUCUGUUCCGGCGGGAGGGUGGAGAACCAACGCGAGGUUGGGAAUCGUCUCACUGCCCUGGGGAAAACGGCCAA